GACUCGAGCCCUUCCACUCGAGACCCCGCCCCUUUCCCCUUGGCCCCGCCCCCUGCACGCCGCAGCCACGUGCAGAGCGGCAGCCGGGCCCGGACACGUGCCGCCCACAUGGGCCCGCCUGCGCCUCCUGACUCCGCCCCGGCCAAUGGGAGAAACAGGGGGGGGCGGAGCCGCGGCCCGGCCAAUCGGCGCGCUCCGAAAGCCGUGGAAAAGCACUGCGGCGUGGCGGCCUGGGCGGGGCCAGGAGGCUGUGGGGGCGUGGCCGGGGCGUGCACGUGCCGGGGUCACGUGUCCGCGUGGCUUUCCAUCCCAGCCCUGAGCGGAGCCCGGCUCAGAAGGAGAGAGACCGAGCUGAUCUCUCUUGAUGGCGAUCAUGGAGUCCUCUCACAGCAUCUCUUCCAGAGAGUCUUUGUAUUCAGUUGAGAGUGAGGAGGAGGAGGAGGACCAUCAACACUGUGGCGAGUUCGAGGAUUUUAUUUCGGACAGUGGGAGCGACACAGAGAAGGAGCCGGUGCGGACAGACAGACGGGGCUGUUUCUUCUCACCGCGGUCGAGAUCGGGGCGGACUAACCCGGCACUGCUUUGCCCCAAGCGCCGUUCCCGGAAGCCAUUGGACUCCUUGGCGCCUGCGAAGCCCCAGCCCUUGUCCCCCUGCUGCCGUUACCCGGUGGCUGCCGAGGGCGAGUACUGCAAGCGUUUGACCGAUACCGAAAGGAGCCCGCUCCGGCCGGUCCCCAGUCCAAACCGAUUGGAAACGGGCAGCGGGCGGAAGCGGUCAAGCGGCACUUUGGGGGGCGGCCGGUCUUUCACAGCCCAGUUGUCCGCACAAGGGAAGAAGAGGCAGCGGAAUGAGGAAACGGAGGACCGGGAACGUUCGCGGUCUUCUUGUUGGACUGAGAAGGACCACCUCUUCGCGCAAAAGUGUUGGGAACUUCAGGGCUUCGUCCGGCCUUUGAUGGAGCUCCUUCACCGACUGAGGAUGGGCCGCUUGAACCGAGGGCUUAGCAGCUUCCAGCAAAGUGUGGCCAUGGACAGGAUCCAGCGGAUAAUCGGCGUCCUGCAGAAACCAGAAAUGGGGGAGCGAUAUCUAGGCACAUUGCUGCAGGUGGAGAGGAUGCUGAAGGUCUGGUUCCCUCAUGUUUCUUUAAAGGACUCCUAUGUCAACAACAGCAUUGAGGGUGAAGCAGAGGAACGGUGCAAGAUGGCAAAGGGGGGAACCAAAGGGGGGAAACAUGUCCAGGGCUCAAGGGAAAGCCCCCCGACAGAGGAGCUCCUCCAGACACACCUCACGGACUCAGACUCACCAGACCACAAAGCUGAGGAGGAGGAGCCACCACGCUUCCAGGGAGAUUGGCCGGCCAUGAACAUGACCUGGAUCCACACCUCGCCCAUUUCCAAUCCUCCUUUAGGGCAAGCGGGCUUUGGCCAGACAAGCGCCGCCUUCGGGCAGGCCUUCCUGCACCCGCCCACACAGGCCUAUGGAGUGGUUGUCUUCCUCCAGGACCCCACUGCUCCUGGGGCCUCCGUCCACACUGCAUCCCUGGCCUCCGUCCCAUCUUGCUGCCGCUCUGAGAUGCCGCUCCCAAGCCCCGGGGGGCCCCCUCGGUGCCAGAGCAUGCCAAGCGCCACAAGGCCGGUGGGAUGCUACCCCAGAGGAGGGACCCUCAGCCGCCUCUCGCGGUCUCUGCCCAACCUGCCUGCGUCCAGCACGGUAUUGGAGGGACUGAAAAUGCCUGCGCAUCACUGCACUUCCUGAAAAAUGACUCCAUUUGCAUCUCCCAAAAUGUGUGAAUUUUGCUUUUCAUCUACACCCACCUUUUUCUUGUUAUUUUUUUUACUUAAAAAAAAACUUUAUUUAAAUUUUGUUUCAUGUACGUCCAAGAGGCGAUGCAAAGCCUGUCCGUCUCCCAAACUUGGGGAGAAUGUUCAUUUUCAAUAAAUGCCACUGCAAUGGCUGUCAAAUGAA